AUGCAUUCAUUAAGUCCCAAGGUAAUCUCUGAUUUCAAUGCGGGGACGAAAAGUUCAUGGUUGAGUCGACUCAGCAGCGGAGUCGCCGAGCUCGAAUCGGGGACGAGAAGGCAAUGGUUGAAUUGCAGAUAUCAUAUGAGAAUAUGUAAAAUCGUAGCCUGUACGCCGGAGAGAAAUAUUGGCGGUGGUGGUGGUGGAGAGAGUGGGAGUCGGGGUGGUAGUUCGAGUUCCUUUCUUUCGCGGAGUCAAACUUAUGCUCUGUUGAAACAGCAAAUGGAAGUUGCUGCGAAAUCCGAGGAUUAUAAAGAAGCAGCGAGGCUGCGAGAUUCAUUGAAAUUGUUUGAGGAAGAGGAGCCAAUUUUGCGUCUACGGAGAUUGUUGAAACAGGCCAUUGCAGAUGAGAGGUUUGAGGAUGCAGCAAGGUACCGUAAUGAGCUAAAGGAAAUUGCUCCCCACUCUCUCUUGACAUGUUCAAGUGAUGCAACCACCUUGGGCAUCAGGGUUCAAGUUAGGAGUGUCUACAUUGAAGGCCGAAGUCAGCCCUCGAAAGGCCAGUACUUUUUUGCAUAUAGAAUAAGAAUCACCAAUACUUCAGACCGCCCAGUUCAGCUUCUCAGAAGGCACUGGAUCAUCACCGAUGCCAAUGGGAAAAUUGACAAUUUUUGGGGAAUUGGAGUUAUUGGUGAACAGCCAGUUAUACUUCCCAAUACUGGUUUUGAGUAUUCAUCUGCAUGUCCAUUAAGCACUCCUAGUGGGAGAAUGGAGGGUGACUUUGAGAUGAAGCAUAUUGAUAAAGUAGGCUCACGGACAUUCAACGUGGCUAUUGCUCCCUUUUCUCUCUCCACAUUUGGGGAUGAGUGCUACGCUACCGUUUUGGAGAAGUACACAUUAAAGCCAACAUGUGUUGCUGUGGCAAGUUUAAGAAUUUCAUUAUCAUCCCGUUGGCAAAUUUCUACUGUGAGAUAUGAAUGGAAAGAUCAACUGUGA